AUGGCGGCGGGGGUAGCGGCAUGGCUGCCCUUUGCACGGGCUGCUGCUAUUGGCUGGAUGCCAGUGGCCUCGGCGCCUAUGCCCCCUCCACCCAGAGGUGAGAGAAAGAGGACUCAGGACACCUUGAUUGUUUUAAAUGUAAGUGGUACCCGCUUUCAGACAUGGCGAAACACUCUGGAGCGUUACCCUGACACACUGCUUGGCAGCACGGAACGAGAUUUUUUCUUCAACCAGGACACCGGAGAAUAUUUCUUUGACAGAGACCCGGACAUUUUCCGCAACAUUCUCAACUUUUACCGCACAGGUCGACUUCACUACCCACGCCAUGAGUGCAUCGCAGCUUAUGACGAAGAGCUGGCUUUCUUUGGUAUUAUUCCAGAAAUUAUUGGUGACUGUUGUUAUGAGGAGUACAAAGACCGCCGAAGGGAGAAUGCAGAGAGACUACUGGAUGAUGCCGAUACAGAGAACGCAUCAGAAGGACCUUUACCCCCCAUGUCGUUGCGCCAGAAGCUGUGGCGGGCUUUUGAAAACCCACAUACCAGUACACUGGCCUUGGUGUUUUACUAUGUAACUGGAUUCUUCAUCGCUGUCUCUGUCAUUGCCAAUGUAGUGGAGACAGUUCCAUGCGGUACAAUGCCAGGCACCAUGCGGGAGUUGCCGUGUGGUGAACGUUACGUUAUGGCUUUCUUCUGUCUGGAUACAGCUUGCGUCAUGAUAUUUACUGUGGAGUACGUGUUACGCUUGGUGGCUGCGCCCAGUCGCUAUCGGUUUGUACGAAGUGUGAUGAGUAUUAUUGAUGUGGUAGCAAUCAUGCCAUACUACAUAGGCCUUGUGAUGACAAACAAUGAGGACGUAAGUGGUGCUUUUGUUACACUGAGAGUGUUCCGCGUGUUUCGGAUCUUCAAAUUUUCCCGCCACUCACAGGGUCUACGGAUCUUGGGCUAUACCCUUAAGAGCUGUGCCUCAGAGCUGGGCUUUCUGCUAUUCUCCCUCACUAUGGCUAUCAUCAUCUUUGCCACAGUAAUGUUUUAUGCUGAAAAGGGUUCUAUGAACAGCAGAUUCACUAGUAUACCCGCUGCCUUCUGGUACACUAUCGUCACCAUGACAACAUUGGGGUAA